CUCAGAUCGAGGUGACCUUCGACAUCGACGCAGACGGCAUUCUGAACGUGUCUGCUGUGGACAAGAGCACGGGCAAAUAGAACCAGAUCACCAUCACCAACGACAAGGGCCGCCUGAGCAAGGAAGACAUCGAGAGGAUGGUGAAGGAAGCAGACCAAUACAAAGAAGAAGACGAGCAACAGAGGGAGAAUAUAGCGGCCAAGAACGCCCUGGAGUCCUACGCCUUCAACAUGAAGAGCAGCCUGCGGGAGGACAACCUGAAGGACAGAGUGAGUGAGGAGGACAGGAAGAAGGUGGAGGAGAAGUGUGAGCAGGCCAUCCUCUGGAUGGAGAACAACCAGCUAGCGGAGAAAGAGGAGUACCAACACCAGCUGAAGGAGUUGGAGAAGCUGUGUAGCCCCAUGGACUGA